ACCGCCAGCAAUCGCUUAGCGAACAGCCCCAACGGUGAACGUAUAGAAGCCUCAGCAGCUCCACAGCUCCCAGCUGAUAGCCAAAGUACAAACAACGCAGUUUGUGUAAACAAUCAAUUUGUCGCCGCCAUAUCGAGUGUGCUUACAAGUCCAGCGGAAAGUUUUCAACGCGUCCAGAAACCAAAAACCAAUCAGCCAAGAUGUCUGCUUCCCCCACCGCCCGUCAAGCCAUCACCCAGGCCCUGCCCAUGAUGACCAGGAAGGUCGUCAUCUCCGACCCGAUCCACAUGCCCGAGGUGUACUCCUCCACGCCCGGAGGAACCAUCUUCUCGACCACUCCUGGAGGCACUAAACUCAUCUACGAGCGGGCCUUCAUGAAGAAUCUCCGUGGCUCUCCCCUGAGCCAAACGCCUCCGUCCAACGUUCCCAGCUGCCUGCUGAGGGGAACCCCCCGCACCCCCUUCAGGAAGUGUGUGCCCGUGCCCACGGAACUGGUGAAGAACACCAAGUCCCUGAAGAUCGAGGACCAGGAACAGUUCCAGCUGGACCUGUAGGGGACCCACUAUACGUCGCACCUAGCAGCAACUGCCAAAUCAUUUAGUUCGUAGACAACCCACUAAACCCGAUCUUAUAGGCUCAGUGUGCACCGCUUUAGCCAAACCCAUUAACUAGAAGCUAAGUUCUUGGUUCUUCCACCUCGUUUUGUUCUUUCGGUCAUAUUGACUUUGUAUCUUGUAAAUCUCUAGAUGUUAAGUAAAAGCAAUAAAAAAAUACGCAUUAUUUAAAAGAUAA